AUCUCGUUUCAACAACUUUUCUUUUUCUUUCUUUUUCUUUUUUUUUUUUUGCAUUGCCUGGUGAUUUUUCUCUUUCCCUCGUUUAAUUUUCACUAAAAGAAAAAUUCGUCCUUUUUUUUUUCUCUCUCAGGGUUUUGUUUCUUCUUUGAUUGCUUUGAUUCUCGAAACUCCUCAGACUUCCUAGGGUUUAUGUUUAAUUUCCUUCUCUUUUGUAUUAGAUCAUAUCAGGAAAUGCAGAUUUUUCUGAGAUUUUUCCUGAAUCUAUUUCCUUCUUGUUGUUAGUCAGUAAUGAUCCUCAAUCUUUUCAAUUUGACAUUCAGGCUGCUUUACAUUGGAUUGGUUUUGAAAUCUGUAUAGAAAAGUUUCUGCCUUACAUUUUUGUAUCUGAGACCAGUUGGUGAUUGAUGUUCAGGUUACUUAAGAGUGAGAGGAAGUUUAGAUCGGCCUUACAAAAUUAUACCAUUGCACUUCUUUCGCCAUGAAUGCCAAUUUAGAGGAACAAAAGAUAGGAAAGUAUAUUCUGAUCCGUGAUGGUGAGGACUCUGAGUUAGGACUCUUCUAUAAGCCCCUUCCUUGCUUCGGUUGUGGAAUCGGAUGGUUCUCGUUUCUUCUUGGAUUUGUCUGCCCAUUUGCGUGGUACGUUGCAACAUUUCUAUAUUUUAUCAACUAUUACCGUAGAGAUCCACGGGAAAGAUCUGGUCUUGCUGCCUCUGCUAUAGCUGCUUUGAUAUUCUCUGUUGGACUUGUGAUCACCGUGCUUGUUCUCGUUUUCUGGGGUCACUAGAGUCUCUUGUUAUACUUUGCAUAUUCUUUCUGAAAGGGAAACAACUUCAAGGUCUGUUUCCACAACAAGUAAGACAUGUCUAUUUGAUGAAGAGAAGAUACUGCUAAGUCCUAUUAGAAUCAAAAUCUUUGCUUUGUACAUAAGUGUAUAGUUUUUUAUACAAUGGAAUUGAGAUAUUUAAAUCCUGGAGAUCUAUCUUGUUUCACGCUUGUAUGUUAUAUUCACAUUGGAACCUUUUAACUCAGACAAAGAUCAUAGCCAAGGUUAUGUCUGGUUCUUAUC